AUAUGAUCGGAGACCCCACCCUUUUAGUCCAUAUAAAGCCACGGGCACAAGUUGAAGAAUUCCCCACUAGACCUCAUAACUCCAUAAAGAUACUAUUCUAUCAACAGUCAACUACUGCCACAGAAGUACACGAACUUUCCAAUUCCAAUCCACACACAUAUAAAUAACCCCAAAUCAAGAAAUCUCAGAACACUUUCCUCAAUUGCAUCCCUUUUUGGUGUUAGCUUUGGUGCAUGACUGAAUCUUGUCAAGAUGUUUGAUGUAGGGGAAUUUUCUUCAAGUUCUUCAGCAGCUGCAAUUUCUGCAGAGUGUUUCAGUAGUAGCAGUUGCUUCAGCAGUCUAUCAUCCACAAAGAAGAAGAAGAUAAAUAGUAGUAAAAACACGAGGAGGUUUAGCGAUGAGCAGAUUAAAUCAUUAGAAACCAUGUUCGAAUCGGAGACAAAACUGGAGCCAAGAAAGAAGUUGCAGUUAGCAAGAGAGCUUGGAUUGCAACCUCGUCAGGUUGCAAUUUGGUUUCAGAACAAGAGAGCUCGAUAUAAGUCCAAGCAACUUGAAAAGGAUUACAGUAUACUUAAGUCUAAUUAUGAUAAUCUUGCUUCCCAGUACGAAUCUUUAAAGAAAGAAAAACAAUCCUUGCUUAUUCAGUUGCAAAAGCUGAAUGAUGUGAUUGAGAAAGAAGGGGGGAAGUACUGUUGCAGGCAAGAAAUCGAUUCGAUUGUGUUCGAGUCGGAUAACAGAGGCGAUGUCACUAAGAAUAAUGAAAUGGAAGCGAGGCCAAGCUUGUCUUUUGACUUAUCAGAGCAUGGAGUAAUUUCAGAUGAUGACAGCAGUAUAAAGGCUGAUUAUCUGGGAUUGGAUGAUGAUGCAGAUCAUCAUUUACUGAAAAUGGUUGAAGCAGGGGAUAGUUCUUUAACUUCCUCUGAAAAUUGGGGCAGCCUAGAUGAAGAUGGUCUCUUGGACCAGCAGCCUAACAGUCCUAGUUAUGAUCAGUGGUGGGAUUUCUGGUCUUGAGCCAGAAUUUUUAUUGGACGAAAUAUAUCCGUCUAAAACGUUGGCUUUGAGGAGGGAUAAAUUAAAAAUAUGAUCAGAUGUCAUUUGCCAACGUCUGUUGAACAUCUCGAGCACCUUAAUAUAGUGGAGUUCACCUCAGCAACUGGCCUUACGGUCAUUACACCGCCUUGGACACUGAAUGAUUUCAGCACAAUAGAGGAUCUGCGCUUAGCAGCCCGUGUGUACUGGAACACUGUAAUCUUGUAUGCUAGUAUUAGUCGAUGUUGGUUUUAAUU